GUGCUGCUGGAGGCGAUGCUGGAGGCAGGCGUCGCCGCGCGGAGGCUCAAGCUGCACCACAACCGCCUCAGCAGCAGCCAGGGGGUGGCGGAAUUCUUGAAGAAUUGCCGCGGCACCCUGCACGAGCUGCACCUUUCGCACAACGACCUGGACACUGCCGCCGCCGCGCAGAUCGUUUUGGCGGCGGCCGCGGCCCGGGACGAGCAGGGGCGGCUGUGCUACCCCCGCUCGGAGGGCGGCGGGCGCGGGGCCGCCCCGCUCUGGCUGCGGCUGGAGCAGAACUUCAUCAACCACGCGCAGCUGCUGCAGAGCGUG